CUUCCCCGCCAGUUCACCCGCGUGGCGUUUCUGCCGGAAUUUUGGCUCUCUCUCUCUCUCUCUCUCUCUCUAAAGCCAUUUCAAUUCCACGAUCCGAGCUUAAGGCGGCUGAAUCAUCGCCAUCUUCUCUUAUAAUCUGAAUCACAAGCAGGAGGCGGAGAAGAAAAAUGGGAGCUUUGGGCAAGAACUCUCGCGGGGGCAAGCGAGGGCCGUCAUUCUCAUGGACCUCCACCAUCACGAUACUCAUCUUUAUCGCCUUCUGCGCCUUUGGAAUCUACAUUCUCACCUCCUCCGCUUCGUCCACUGCUGCCCAGCGUCGUUCCGACAUUUCCCUCUCCUCUGACCGCCGAGCUUCCCGAUUCGAUCUCAAAGAGCCAAAGUCGGCCCUAGAUGACUCCGCUGUGCAAUCUGAAUCUGGGGCUUCUGAAGAAGAUUCCUCUGAAACUCAGCCGCAGCAGACGAAUGGAGAGGAGGAAACGCAGAAGCAGGGGGAUAAAGGAUCCAGCAGCGGCAUUGAGAGUCAGGAGCAGAUUGAGCAUGACACUGAUGGAACUGGUGAAGAGAACAACGAUAGCCAGAAUCAAGAACAAUCUCAGGUGGAUGGCACGGUGGCUGAUGAGGAAAGCGGGAAAUCUGAGGAUAAAUUGGCUCCUGAAACUGAACAGAGCCAGGAUUCCACAGAUCGGCAAAGUGAUGAGGACGAGAAGAAGCAGAAUGAGGAGGAGCAGAAGCCAGAGCAAGCAGAAGAGGAAAAUGGCAACAAUAGCCACCAACCGGAGCAGCAGAUAGAGGAAGUUGACGGAAGAUUCGAAAACCAGCCAGGGUCACAGUUGGUAGACGAUGAAACUACCCAUACCACCAAAAGUGAUGAUGGAGUCAUCAAUCCUGCCACAAGUUUACCCUUUUCUGAUGACCAGUUGGAAAAUCCAAGCAACAGCGGUGACAAUAGGCCACAGGAGAACCAGGAAGUCCACCCUCUGAAUGAAGAGGGGCGGAAGGAGAAUGAGGAAGAGCAGCAGCAAUCUGGAAUCAGCAAAGGCAAUCCUGGCAAUGAGGCAAGCUUUAUUGGAUAUGAGUGGGAGCUCUGCAAUGUCACCGCAGGUGCCGACUACAUACCUUGCCUUGACAAUGAGAAGGCUAUCAAGAAGCUAAAUAAUUUCAAGCAUUAUCAGCACAGAGAGCGCCAUUGCCCAGAGGAGAGUCCCACUUGUCUUGUGCCUCUCCCCACGGGGUAUAAGAGGUCAAUUGAGUGGCCGAAGAGCAGGGAUAAGAUAUGGUACAACAAUGUCCCUCAUACUAAACUCGCUGAGGUGAAAGGGCAUCAGAACUGGGUGAAAGUAGAUGGAGAGUACCUUACAUUUCCUGGAGGUGGAACACAAUUCAUACAUGGUGCUCUGCAUUACAUAGAUUUCCUUCAGCAGUCCCUGCGCACUAUUGCAUGGGGAAAACAUACCCGUGUUAUAUUAGAUGUUGGCUGCGGAGUUGCAAGCUUUGGUGGCUAUCUCUUUGAUCGAGACGUAAUCACCAUGUCUUUUGCACCAAAGGAUGAACAUGAAGCUCAAGUUCAGUUUGCUCUCGAGAGAGGCAUUCCUGCAAUAUCUGCAGUGAUGGGCUCCCAAAGACUUCCAUUUCCCAGCAAAGUUUUUGACCUCAUCCAUUGUGCUAGGUGUCGUGUUCCAUGGCAUGCUGAUGGAGGCUUGCUUCUUCUUGAGCUCAAUCGUGUGCUGCGUCCUGGCGGCUAUUUUGUGUGGUCAGCCACACCAGUUUAUCAGAAACUAAAGGAAGAUUUAGAAAUAUGGAAGGCAAUGAGUUCCCUUACAAAAUCGAUGUGUUGGGAUCUUGUCACUAUCAAGAAGGACAAAUUGAAUGGAGUUGCUGCAGCAAUCUACAGGAAACCCACUUCUAAUGAAUGUUAUGACAACAGGAAGAAUCAAAGUCCUCCAAUGUGUGAAGAGGAAGAUGAUCCCAAUGCAGCUUGGUAUACACCUUUAAAAGCCUGCAUCCACCGGGUUCCUACUGAUGCUUCAGAAAGAGGGACGAAAUGGCCCAUGGAAUGGCCACAAAGGCUCAAGACACCCCCAUACUGGCUAGAUAGCUCCCAGGCAGGUUUCUAUGGAAAACCAGGUCCUCUUGAUUUCAAAUCUGACUACGAUCAUUGGAAACAAAUCGUAACUAAGUCCUAUCUCAAUGGUUUGGGCAUAAAUUGGUCCAAAAUUAGAAAUGUGAUGGACAUGAGAGCUGUCUAUGGAGGAUUUGCAGCUGCUUUGAAAGACAUGAAAAUAUGGGUCAUGAAUGUAGUGAAUACUGAUUCUUCAGACACACUUCCUGUCAUAUAUGAGCGCGGCCUUUUCGGCAUAUAUCAUGAUUGGUGUGAAUCUUUCAGCACUUAUCCUCGAACUUAUGAUCUCUUACACGCGGACCAGCUCUUUUCCAAGCUGAAAGAAAGAUGCAGCAUUGUUCCAGUUAUGGCUGAGAUUGACAGGAUUAUGAGACCUGGAGGGAAACUGAUAGUCAGAGACGAAUCUACUGUUACUAAUGAACUGGAAAGCUUGCUGAAGUCCUUACACUGGGAAGUUCAACUGAUCUUCUCCAAGGACAACAAAGGAAUAAUAGCUGCAGAGAAAUCAGAUUGGAGACCUGAGACCUGAUUAGUCAAGUGAUGAUUUAGGUUCCAUUAGCUCAAAUAUUUCUACACCAGAUUUUUCUCUAUGAUUUUGAUAAUCUUGCAGUCAUAGAAUGUAUUGUUUUUAACAAUAAUUCUACUAUUUCACAUUCUUCUAUUGUAAGAUCAUUAGAAUUGUCAUAUUGUUGCCAAAAGCCAAUUUCUUUACAUUUUGUACCAUUUUGUACUAUGUUGCCCUAUGGUUUUAAACAAUAUAAUAAGAAGUGAUUGUGCUUAUGAAUAAUUUCUUCUU